AUGUACAGCAAUACAAACACACAGUUAAGCAACAACCUAACCCAAACAUUGUGUCUUCAAAUCGUGCAUCCGCGUGUUUUGGCCAAGGUCAUGAACCCCAUGGUCUGUGGGACAGCAGAGCAAACAGCCAAAGAUUUCAAGGUCCGCAUGGCAAUUUCGGAAGACCAGAACCUGGGAUACAAACCAAAACAUAGACGACCCCCAUUAGACUCAAAAUCUAUGCGAAGCAAUUGGGUGCCCAGUGGUUCUCGCUCAGUCGCUCAGAGUUAUACUCAAGCAGAUAGUGUCUUGAUGGUCUGGCUAACGACUGAAGGUAGUCAUUAUGUCGCACGCUUAUCGAACUCUGCUGGUCGACGCCCCCUCCCGAUGGGAUAA